UCAUGACAGCAAAUACUCGGCUGUUUUUAUUAGGAAUUGUCCUUGUAUAUUAAUGAUAUAUAAUAACAGCUCACAAUCGUUUCUGAACGUUUUGGAGAUGAUUUUAACCUUUGACCUCUGACCUCAUUGAGACCCACGUGGUAGCAGCAGCAGCAGGUCCGGCGUGUGUGAGCGGGGAGCCGAGCCGAAGCGCAGCAGCACGGCGCGAUGAGUAAACUUACAGCCAAGAAAAGAAACGUUGAGGAAGAAGAGGAAGAACUCUUCACUCCACAGAGUGGUCAUCUUGAUGAAGGGAUCGAUGAUCUCUCAGACAGUGAGGAGAGUGUCUUCUCCGGGCUUGAAGAUUCUGGAAGUGAUGAUGAGAGUGAUGAUGAUGAAGAAGAGGCAGAAGAAGUUAAUUCUGCGGAAGAAGAGGUGGAUAUUAAUGAAAAUGGGAAGAGCAUGAAUGAAGCAGAAAGUACCGAGCCUUCCACCAAGGCUGGAGGUAAACCUCAGACCGACAAAACAUCCAAGAACAGAAAGCUGAAGAAGGAAACGCAUACUGAUGGAAAGGAUGAAACGGAAGAAAAGUGUGUGAAAUCGGACCGAGCCAGUGGCCUUCAUGUGUCCUCUCAGGUGGACGAGUAUGAUCAGGACACUUCAGAUGAAGAGGACAUCCGCAACACAGUGGGCAACAUUCCAAUGGAAUGGUACAAAGAUUAUCCCCACAUCGGCUAUGACCUGGAUGGCAAAAAAAUCUUCAAACCAAUCAGGAGCAAGGAUGAGCUAGACGAAUUCCUGGACAAGAUGGAGAAUCCUGAUUACUGGCGCACGGUCCAUGACAAGAUGACGGGCACGGAUAUCCGUCUGUCCGAUGAGCAGGUGGAUCUGGUGCACCGCCUCCAGCAAGGCAAAUUUGGUGACGUUAACUUCAACGAGUAUGAGCCAGCAAUUGACUUUUUCUCCAACGAAGUGAUGAUCCAUCCAGUGACCAACAGGCCUGAGGACAAACGCAGCUUCAUUCCCUCUCUCAUUGAGAAAGAGAAGGUGGGCAAGCUGGUUCAUGCCAUAAAGAUGGGCUGGAUUAAGCCACGCAGGCCCAAAGACACCGCACCUCAGUACUACGACCUGUGGGCACAAGAGGAUCCCAAUGCCAUCCUGGGGCGCCACAAAAUGCACGUCCCUGCUCCAAAAAUGAGACUGCCAGGUCACGAGGAGUCCUACAACCCCCCUCCUGAAUAUCUGCUCACAGAGGAAGAGAGAUUGGCAUGGGAGCAGCAGGACCCGGAGGACCGCAAGCUGAACUUCCUGCCGCAGAAAUACUCCUGUCUCCGUGCUGUACCUGCGUUCUCGCGCUUCAUCCAUGAGCGCUUCGAGCGCUGCCUCGACCUCUACCUGUGUCCCCGCCAGCGCAAGAUGAGAGUCAACGUGAACCCAGAGGAUCUGAUUCCUAAGCUGCCCAAACCUAAAGACCUGCAGCCCUUCCCUACCACCCAGUCCCUGGUGUACCGUGGUCACUCCAGUCUAGUUCGUUGUAUCAGUGCGUCUCCCAGCGGACAAUGGCUGGUAUCAGGCUCAGACGACUGCACAGUGCGCUUCUGGGAGGUGAGUACAGCACGCUGCCUGAAGACGCUGGAGGUGGGCGGGGCAGUGAAGAGCGUGGCGUGGAGUCCCAACCCUGCUGUGUGUCUGGUCGCCGUCACUUAUGGCGAGACUGUGGUGCUGAUAAACCCUGGGCUUGGAGAUAAGCUGAUCUGCAGUGCUACUGAUCAACUCAUCUCCUCCUACGAGGAGCCAGAGGAGGCCAAGGAGCAGGCAGUGCAGUGGGCAGUCGCUGAGGGCGAAGGUCACGAUCAGGGCCAACGGUUGAUUCUCACACACCCCAAGGCUGUGAGGCAGGUGAGUUGGCAUGGCAAAGGUGACUACCUGGCCUGCGUUAUGCCUGAUGACGGCAGCUGUCUACAGGUGUUGAUCCACCAGGUGAGCAAACGGCGCACGCAGAACCCCUUCCGGAAGAGCAAGGGCAUGGUACAGUGCGUCUCUUUCCAUCCAAUCCGGCCCUACUUCUUUGUGGCCACACAGCGCUAUGUGCGUAUCUACAACCUCAUCAAACAGGAGCUCACCAAGAAGCUCAUGGCCAACUGCAAGUGGAUCUCCAGUCUGGCCGUGCACCCAGGAGGCGACAAUGUGAUCUGCGGCAGCUAUGACUCUCGACUGGUCUGGUUUGACCUGGAUCUGUCUACAAAGCCGUAUAAAGUGCUCCGGCACCAUAAGAAAGCUCUGAGGAGCGUGGCCUACCACAAGCACUACCCUUUGUUUGCCUCAGGGUCAGAUGAUGGCAGUGUUGUCGUCUGUCACGGGAUGGUGUACAAUGACCUGUUGCAGAAUCCCCUCAUCGUCCCAGUGAAGGUUCUGAAAGGUCACACCAUCACACACGACUUAGGGGUGCUUGACGUGGCUUUCCAUCCUACCCAGCCCUGGGUCUUCUCCUCGGGAGCAGAUGGAACAGUCCGUCUCUUUACCUAGUCACCACGUUUCGUCUCGGUGAAUCCAGCUGGAUUAAGAGUGAAUGUGAUGAUGAUUUUUUUUUUUUUUUUUUAAAUCUUCAUUUGUACGUUGUCAUACAUCUUCAUCUUGUUACUCCCAGAAAAUGUAUUUGAUCAGUAUAAUUUUCUUGCUUUGUUUGUCACUUUUUUUUUUUUUAAACAAAAGAAAGAAGAAAAUAUCAUGCUAAUUUCAGAGAGCCAUGAGCUUGUUCACUGCGUAAAGCAGAAACGUGUGCGAUUUCUACAACCUUCUCCGGAACAGCGAGUGGUCCGGAAGGCCUGUUCCCACACCGGACUGAGCAGCUGUCUCAUGGUGAAUCAAGACCGAACCACUAAUCCUUGGACAAGGAGACAUCUUGUGAAAAAAUAUAAGUUCAGCUGUUAGUCAUGCCAAAAGAAACAACAAAGAACAAAGUUGAAGCUGUGAGCUUCAGGAGUCCCAUCCUGCCCAAGCUCAUUUUUCAAUUAAACCCAAACUUGUUUUACAUCCUGAUUCUGAACUGCAGUUUCACUUAUUUGCCAGUAUUCGUGAUCAGGCACGCUGCACUGAGUCAUUAAACAUGUUGAGUUGUGAAACGUUAA